AUGACUGAAAAGAUGUUAGUAAGGGCACUGAAAGGUGGUAAAAAUACUAAGAUUGUUACUUUGAGUGGGAAGAAGAUUACAAAGAUGCCCUCAUUUAAACUGCCUGGCCUCAAGACCUUAAACCUUCAGAAUAACCGUAUUUCCAAGGUGUGCUCAGAGAUAAGCACCUUGACCCAGUUGACAGUGCUAAAUCUGGGAAAUAAUCUUUUAGAAGAAAUUCCAGAAGAGAUGAAAUACCUUACAUCCCUGAAGAAGCUUCAUUUAUUUGGAAAUAAGAUUUGUAAAUUUGCAUCUGGAGCAUGUGAUGGCUUACAGAAUUUGAUUCUGCUUAAUCUGAACAACAAUGAGCUGGCAUGGAUUCCUCAAGAAAUCAGCAGAUUAAAAAACCUUAAAUAUUUGAGUAUAAAUCAUAACCAGCUAGCCAGCAUUCCUAAAGAACUUUGUUUUCUUAAGAAUCUUUUUGAACUUCACCUUAACUACAAUCAGCUCAUUUGCAUACCUGAAGAGAUUAAGUUCUUGAAGAAGCUCCAGAAGCUUCUUCUGGUCAGGAACAAUAUUGAAGUUCUGCCAAAGGGAGUUUGUCGUCUUAAAAACCUAAGAAUCCUAGACAUAGCUGGAAAUAUUAUUCAGACAUUUCCAUCAGGAUUUCAGAACCUGAAGCUGAGGGAAUUCUACUGUGAAGGAAACCCUCUGUUCCUGAAGGAGCCACUUACCGCUGUACAACAGGAUGAUGUCUGGAGUCUACAGGAAAUAACAUCAAGAUUUAUAAUGAAUGAGCUCUCAGAAAAAAAUCCUUUUGUAAUGCAAGCUAUAACAUGGCACCCACUGGUCAGGAACAUAAUGUCUCAGAGAAGAAAAUGUGCAAUAUGUGAAAAGUACUUUUUAACAAUAUGGCUGGAAUGUGUUGAAUUUGUUCCUCCAUCAAAGAAAUGGAAGAUAAGCAGAAAUCUACAGCUGGUACCUCUUCAAAUAUUAAUUUGUUCUUACACAUGUUUUAAUCAACGCAGCCCUAACGUCUUUGGAAUUGCUCAAGUGUAG